GGGACGGCUGCCGGGCGGCCAUGCAGGCGCGCUACUCCGUGUCCAGCCCCAACUCCCUGGGCGUGGUGCCGUACCUCGGCGGGGAGCAGAGCUACUACCGAGCGGCGGCGGCGGCGGCCGGCGGGGGCUACGCGGCCAUGCCGGCCCCCAUGAGCGUGUACUCGCACCCGGCCCACGAGCAGUACCCCGCCGGCAUGGCCCGCGCCUACGGGCCCUACACGCCGCCGCCGCAGCCCAAGGAUAUGGUGAAGCCGCCCUACAGCUACAUCGCGCUCAUCACCAUGGCCAUCCAGAACGCGCCCGAUAAGAAGAUCACCCUCAACGGGAUCUACCAGUUCAUCAUGGAGCGCUUCCCCUUCUACCGGGACAACAAGCAGGGCUGGCAGAACUCCAUCCGCCACAACCUGUCCCUCAACGAGUGCUUCGUCAAGGUGCCCCGCGACGACAAGAAGCCCGGCAAGGGCAGCUACUGGACGCUGGACCCCGACUCCUACAACAUGUUCGAGAACGGCAGCUUCCUGCGCCGCCGCCGCCGCUUCAAGAAGAAGGACGCCGUCAAGGACAAGGAGGAGAAGGACCGCCUGCACCUCAAGGACCAUGCCCCGCCGCCGCCGCGCCCGCCGCCCACCGCCGCCACCGGCGCCGAGCCCGAGGGCGGGGGCCCUCCCGCGGCCGGGGCCGCUCCGCCGCCGGUGCGCAUCCAGGACAUCAAGACGGAGAACGGCACGGCCUCCCCGCCGCAGGCCGUGUCCCCGCCGGGCGCCGCGCCGCCGCUGGGCGCCGUGCCCAAGAUCGAGAGCCCCGACAGCAGCAGCAGCCUCUCGAGCGGCGGCAGCCCCCGCGGCAGCGCGCUCCCCCUGGGCUACGCGGGGCCGCAGCAGAGCUUCGCCGCCGGCCCGCGGGACGUCUUCGAGGCGCCGCGGAUGGGGCUCAGCGCCUCGCCCGGAGGUGGAGGAGGCGGUGGCAACGCGGGGAGCGGCGGCGGCGGAGGAGCGGGGGGCGGUGGCAGCUGUCAGAUGGCGUUCCCCGGCAGCCAGCCGCUGUACCGCGCCUCCGGGGCCUUCGUCUACGACUGCGGCAAGUUCUGA